AUGUUCUUCUGCCUCCUUUCAGUAUUUGCUUCGCCAAUAUUUCGCAUACAGCGUCACACAUACGGGCUAAAACCCAGUUGCUUAGCAAAUUCAUAUAUUUACACGCCCGUUCUACAUGAGCUUUCGGCAUUUAAGGGAGAACGUAUACUGAGAAGUGAUGAUGCAUAUUCAGAAUUGCCAAAUGAUUACGUUGAACCAGUAAUUGAAGAAACCUCCAGCACGGAUUUUGAUCCAAGCGAUCAAGAGUCUGUUUCUGACGUUAUUGAUAACGAAAGUGACUCUAACAACGGUGAUUCAGAUUCAGACACAAUUCCAGAAGUAACCGUUGAGGAUUUGGUGAAUCUAGCUACUCAAAUAAUGCGGAACGAGCAAAGUGGAAAUUCAAAUGUUAGAAAUGGAUCGGUCAGGCUUACAUUUCCGGAACAUUUUGAUAACAGUGAUGUAAAUGUUGCUCGGGAAAUCAUCGUUCAGCAUGAACGGAAUUCAGAGGCACCAAGACUUGCUUCUAAUGAUGGUCAGUACUAUAUCCAUCCUAUACAAUCAUCUAACAACCCGCAACCAUCCGUGUUAGUGCGGUUUAGAGAUGAUCAGGAAAGAGAUCAAAAUGUACAAAUUCCCUUUGCCAGAAAUGUUGAACAACCUUUCUGGAUGGGCGUCACCGAUUUUAUUACUGUUGCACUCAUGAUGUUGAUAUUAUUGCGAAUUGUGCGUAACACAUUAAGUGUGACAUCAUUUUCUACUGAUAUUCUUCAAGAUACGUUUGAUUACAUUGACGGAAUGCGUGAGGAAUCCAUGAAACAGACACUUGCACUUGAAAAUGCAGUUGCUACCGAAUCGGCCAGAUUUGAAGUUUCGAAUUCCCAAAUAACGUCAAAUAAUGCGGUUAAUUCAACGUUAAUCAUGAAAUUCGGAGGAAUAGUUAAUCAAGUUUUUCCUAGUUUGAAGGCUCCGUACAAGGCUAUGAUUACUGUCCUUGUGUUCUACAUAUAUACGAUGGUUUCAUCUGGCUUCCUUAUUGCAUCUUUUAUCUUUUCCAUAUUUUGCUUCACCCUUUCUGUUGGCAAGCGCUGGCAGGAUGUCAAAAAGUUAAUAGCCGCCUUAUGGCAAGAUGGGGAGGGCUGCAUUUGA